AUGUUGAGUUCGUUGGUUCAAUAUCGACCUUUGCAAUGGUAUCUGUCGUUCUUGCCGCUAUCGGGAUACUAUUCCUUCAGAUCGUGGCACGUGCAACCAGCGCAGGGAAGGGGAGCCAUAUUUCUGGACGGACACGUUAUCAGCCUUCUCAAGAAUAUUGGGCAGGUGUACCGACAACCUGCAUUACUGCCACAGAACCUGGAUUUCGUUAUCCUUCGUCCUCAGAACCAGUCUGCCCAGCCACCUAUGAUCCAUCAGUGGCUUGAGUUCCUACGCACCAACCAUCCUGGUUAUCGAGAUAUUGUCGUUGAUGAGGGACACUCUAGCCAGCUUCCUGUGGAUGGCGAUGUCACUGAUCAAUUGGUCACCGAGUUCAUGGAUCCAGCCGAAAUUGAGGAGUUCAUUCAGGAUGAUACCAGGUGA